GAGAGAGGGAACCUCUGUUACAACAUGCUCCAGCGCUAUCAUGGCCAACCAAAAGAAUCAUUGGGCUGGAGAAUAAUGUUCUUUUUGUAUGACAUAAGAUUCUGAUCUAGAGAGAUCAUUCGUUCAUCUAUUUCAUAAAAAAAGCAGAAGAAUUUAAGAAAGUUCUGGUCUUCCAGUAUUUAUCAAUUUCUGGUUUCAACGGACGGUGCAAAUUGAAAGGAAUGCAUCCAUCAGGAAUAUGUGGACCAUCAAACUAACCCUUGUAGUAUAUAUAUCUAGCAGCCUCUUUCACUGCAUCUUUCUCGUUGCAUUUGUGGCCAUCAGCACAGGAAGCAUGAGCAGUCUUCGCAUAACCCCUGUAAAUCAACAGGAAAACAAUGGCCGUUUGCGUCGUUCUCACAAUCAUUCAAGCAGGCACCCUGUUCCUAGUUCUCUUCCCUACGAGCCUGAGGUUAGAGAUUGGCAAAAUGAUUGGGGAUUGUAUGAGGAUAGAGUGAGGACAGGACCUUAUGGCUUAACACGGUUUCCUACGAGGCCCCAUUCACCACUAUGGAUCCUCAUCCUGGAUGAUGAUAUCGUUAGAAAUAUGAACCCAAUGCUACGCGAAUUCGUUAACCAGUCACCCCCGGGAACAAGAGUACAGUGGCACCUUGGCCCACCCUCACAAGAAGAAGAAAGCAACCUAACCGAAGAAGAGUUGAAAGAAGCCAUGAAAAAGCUCACGAAGCAAACAUAUCUACCUUACAAAAGAAGUGGUAAGAGAGGGUUGUUCAAGGAGAAACUAGUUGCAGAGGAGCCAGAAAAUUGUGCAGUGUGUUUGGAACAGUUUACUCCAUACCAAGAACUAUUUGUUACCCCUUGCAACCACAGGUUUCACGAAGAUUGCUUGGUACCAUGGCUCAAGAGCCAUGGUCAGUGUCCUGUGUGUCGGUUCGUGAUAUGUGAGAUAAGCUCAAGACGUGUGAGCAGUGAUGUGCAUGGUGAUAUAUAUAACCUCUUGAUGGCCAUGGAGGAGGCAUUCAACUGGCUGAGUCUCCGGUGCUGAUUGCCUCCCUACUCUUCUACAAUGUUACAGAUCUUAGAUAUGUCUCUCUCCGUAGUGGCACUUCCUAUUUGCCAUGUCUCAAAAUUGCAUCUCAUGAUAAAGUUUGGAAGAGUAUUAAGAGUAUUAAGAAUAUGUUUUUGAUCGUGCUGGAUUCUGAAGGUGUACUCACCAAAACCAAUAGCACUUUCAUAUACUAUUGCACCAGGGGUAUUUAACAUUUCAAAGAAUGUCACCAUUUCAUCC